GGAGCUUGAUCCUGCGGGCUCGGAGGUGCCCGUGAAUCAGGCUGCAGGCACGUCCAGGGCGGCGGAGCCAGCUGAGAGCUAGACCCGCCACCUGCCCGGCACACCUGGGAAGUUCUCAGAUUUGUGCCUCUGCUUUUGAAGAUACCAGCAGCACCUGAAGGACGUGCGGAGCUGAAUGGCAGAGCCUUAGCAGGCACAGGCACAGCAAUGGCACGCUCGGCAGACAGCGGCUGCUCCGCACGCAGGGUCUGAUGGUGCUUCCUCAGCACUGCCUUCCGAGAAGGAGCUGCCUGGAAGAGGACGCGGCAUCUCCCUCCCCACUUCUCACCCCGUAGCCCAGCAGGGUGACGGUGCAGAUUUUCCAGCCCGGUUACUCGGCCGCAGGACCGGAGUUUAGUGCGAUCCAGUUCGGGUGUUUGCUGCAGCCCUCUGGCUCUGUUUUCACAGCUCUCCCUUCCCCCAUGGCUCGCCGAUCUCAAAGCUCCUCGCAGGGGGACAACCCGCUUGACCCUAACUACCUUCCCCCCCACUACAAGGAGUAUUACCGCCUGGCUCUGGAUAUACUCACCGAAGAGGGCAAAGAAAGUUACGAACGCUUUCUGGCAGAGGAGGCAGCCCCCGAUUUCCUUUGCAACUCGGAGGUGGAUCACAUCCUACAGAACCUUCAGAAGCCCCAGUAUGCCAAUCAGGAAGGUAACACAGACGCGGCGGGGGACAACGACGUGGAUGGAUCCUCCGGGACGUACUGGCCCAUGAACUCAGACCUCGCCGUUCCGGAGCUCGACCUGGGCUGGCCCAUGGUCUUUGGGUUCAGGGGAACAGAAGUAACAACCCUGGUGCAACCGCCGCCCCCCGACAACCCCAGCAUCAAGGAAGAGGCUCGCAGGAUGAUUCGAGCUGCUCAGCAGGUGGUAGCCAUAGUCAUGGACAUUUUCACUGACGUGGAUCUGCUGUUUGAAGUGCUGGAUGCUGCUGCUCGCAGAGUCCCCGUGUACAUCUUGCUGGAUGAAAUGAACUCUCAGCUUUUCCUUGAUACAGCUGCUAAAUGCAGAGUCAAUCUGAACUAUGUGGAGUUCCUAAGGGUGAGAACAGUUUCUGGCCCAACCUACUACUGCCGCACGGGGAUGUCUUUCAAAGGACACGUGAAGGAGAAAUUCCUCCUGGUGGACUGCAUGGUGGUGCUGAGCGGCAACUACAGUUUCAUGUGGUCUUUUGAGAAGAUUCACAGGAGCAUUGCACACAUCUUCCAGGGCGAGCUGGUGGCCAGCUUCGACGAAGAGUUCCGAAUUCUGUUCGCGCAGUCAGAACCUCUCGUUCCUCCAGCCAACGUCUUGGCAAAGGCAGAGAACCCCUUUGCCAUGACUCCCUUCGGCAAUAACGUGCCGUUCUUCCCUAAAAAAGCACCCCUCAUGUUCCAGAGGGACGACAACCUUUUUCCCUCCUUCAUGGACAGAGUUGAUCCAGACCGCUACUUCCUGUCCAACUUCCGGCGCGAUGAUUUGUUGCGCCAUACCGUGGAGGGGUCAGCCAUGCGAAUGUACAAAAAGGUGGAGAUGGAGAAUGCUCAGAUGGAUCCCGUCAGGGGUUUUCUCCGUUCCAAGCAGCUGGAGUUGGAUGCUUUUAAGAGACACAGCUUUGCAGAAGGAACGUUUGAAAACUUUGCUUCUUCUAAGCAAUACGCCAGGCAGAUGUUCGUGAACAACAUGGACGAAUUUAAAAUCCAGUCCAGCCAUUUUCAGAAGGAUCAGUUCUACCAGUACCAGUUUGAACACCCCCACCUUCCUGGCAGACCCCAGGGAUUCUUUGACAGAAUACGAGGCGGGAGGCCAGGAUUCAAUGAGUUGGAAGAGGGAGGGCCUCUUCCCUAUGGAGAGGGACCCAGAUACCCCGAACUCGAAUCCGGUUUCCCACAGGAGGGUUUCCCCUUAAGGCUGGAUUACGUGCCUUCGAAUUCUUCCCGGGAAGUGAGACAUGGCUCUGAUCAGCUGAACCCUGCAGGCAACGGCCCGAUGGGAAUGAUGCUGAGACGGCAGAAUAUAGGACAGAAGUUUAUUUGCCAGACUUCUCCUACGCAGAAGCAAAGCCUGGAACAGCGGCUGUUCUUGCAAGACAAAGACGAGGACCAAGAUCAGGACAAGAACACUCAGGAAAAUAGAACAGGUUUACGCAACUGGAGGAUUUCUUCGUACCUCAGCGCGUAUCAGUCGGAACCGGAAGAAGGCCUCCCGAUGCCCAUGGAAUCGGAAGCCUAUAAUGAUGUUCUUGGGGAUCCCCUUGCAAAGCACCCCACUGACCUCAUGCCAGCAUUCAAAUCCCCCGUGUCUUUUAAUAGCAAGUCACUGGGGGUUGAAAGCGCCAAAGAAUUUGCGGAUCCUGAAAGAGGAGGCGAAGAAACACCUCUGAUGAAACAAGACGCCUUUAGGUCCAGAAUCAAUCCCUUGAUCCAGAGGAGCUCCAGACUCAGGUCCUCUCUGAUUUUCAACGCUGCCAAGUUAGAUCAGCCUAACGCAACGGUAGAGAAGGUUCAGAUGAUCCACAAGGAACAAGUGUCCAAUGAACUGACAAAGGACAACGAAACCGUAAAGACGGCCACCUCGUCCAAAGUGGCGGAGCUUCUAGAGAAGUACAAAGCUGUGGGCAAAGACGCCGAGCGAGCUACAGUCACUCACACCAAAGCCGUUUCUAGUUUUCUCCAGGAGGAAUCACAGAACACGGAGAAGAAAUGUACCAAAUCCGUGCAAUACAAGAUUCUGGAGAGCAGAGUAUUGGAGUCCAAAGACUCCUGCAGUGCUUACAAGAUGCACGGAGAGACUGACAGAGCGUUUGGAAUGGCUUCGUCGGCCCCCCAGCUCAUCGAUGCUUUGAGUAAAGAUCCCUUAGCACACCUGGGCGCUAAAGUGGACAAACUGUCGUCUCGGUUUUACCCUAUAGAGAAUAAACCCGCUCUUCCAGAGAAGGAGAGCCUUAUAUUUGUAGGAGAUACUCAGAAAUUGGCUCUUCCAGAAAAGAAGGAACGAGUGACGUUCAAGGAAGACGCUGAAAAAUUGGUCGGUGCAGAACUGAAGAAACCACAGGGGAGGAUGGGCACCACAUCGGUCAUCGAAAACCUGUCUAAAGGUCCAGGAUCCGACAGCUCCCUCAAUAAAUCCGAGGAAGAGUGUUCAAAGCAGGAGCAAAACACAAUGGAGUUUUUAAGGAAAGGAUCCCUGCGGUUGAAGCAGUUUCUGAACCCGAAAGGUGAAAAGAAACUGGAGGAGGAACCCAGUUGCGAGGUGGGAAAGUCUGACAAACAGCCCGUGGGUCUCAAAAGAUCUUCCAUAGGCGACUGCCAGGAAAUGGUGGUGGAGGAAGAAAAACCCCAUAAAUUCGCAACGCCGCUUCCUCCCAAAAGCAGCCAAGCGACGCAGGGCAGAUUUCCUUCAUCCACAGCCAACAUUCUGUACAGCAGCAACCUCCGUGAUGACACCAAGGUGAUUUUGGAGCAAAUCUCUGCUAACAGCCAGAAGAACAGAGCUGAACUGGCCAAGCAGCUGCCAUCCACCAGCAAUCCCGACAUUUCUAAGUCAACCAUGAGCUUGGAAAGGAAAGCCGAGAAGGAGAAAAGCUGCAACAUCCACAGGUCGGAGAGCUUUGGGAGCCAGAAGCGAAACGUUCAGCGGCAGCCAUCGGAGGACAGAGACACGCUGCUGAAGAAAAUGGAGAACAUGCGGAAGGAAAAGAGGGUGUACAGCAGGUUUGAGGUCUUCUGCAAAAAGGAUGAGCAUACAAGUCAGAGCGAGGAGGAGUACGACGCGGACGCCAAGGACAAGAAGAUGGGGAAGUUCAUGCCCAAAAUCCUGGGCACCUUCAAGACCAAGAAGUGAUCAUAGGAGCGCUGUUGAGUUCCGUAUCGUCACUGACUGGCAAAGCCGACGAGGGAGAAACACGUUUAUGACGGCUGCGAAGCUCUUGGAGGUUGGCAAUGUGUUCAGCAUUACUCCUAUGGCACAGAUGGCCCCGUAGAGUCGCGUGGUAACAGGGAACCUUGUGACAGUAUAUUUAAAAUAAAAUGAUUAAAUUGCCAAGGCGCUUACCAUAAUGAUGUCUCUUUAUCUAACAAUGAAUCUAGCAAAGAAACAGAAACCAAACAAACAAAAAACCAAUGCUUGAGUUGAGUCAAUGAAAGCAAAGCACAUGUGUUGUUUCUCAGGUGCAGGUUUUGUUGCUUUGCAUUGAUGGCCGAGCUGAUUUGGGAGCUCCCUUCUUGAAGAAUGAUAGACACAAAUACACGAGUAUUUUCCCUUAGGUGUGACUGUGGUCUGGUCUGCCCAGUUUUCCUGCUUCCUGCUUUAUCAGCCUGUUGGUUAAGUGUUAUUAUUGCUUUGUUUUCUUGUGUGCAAUGGAAGUAUUGCAUUGCAGACCGAGCUGAGAAUAGCAGCUGCACGGCCAUAAAAGAGGAAAGUGACGAUUAAUUAAUGGAGAAAGAGAUGAUUUCAGAAUCAUCAUCGCGCUUUUCAUCUGAGUGGAGAAUUUCAGCCAUUACAGUUAAGCAGUGAUUUAUGUAAUCCUGAUCCAUGAGUGGAGAAUUGCUGUGAAAUUACACUAAGUUCGUUGAACAAAGGGGGGGGAGGGCUGUUAGCAUCUUUGGUCCAAGAUCAGAAGUGCUUUACUCACAGCUUCCUUGCAGGGCCUUGGUAUCAGGCUGAGCACGCGGUAUUGAGCACAGCCCGGAUCAGUCAGCGAUUGCAAUUACAGACCAACAGGUUUGUGCUGACGUGUGCUGUUGUGAUGGACAGAAGGGCCAGGAAGCAAUCGGACACACGGCUUGAGUUUCCUCUUCCCUCAGCUUGGGCUGUUCCCUAGGAUUGCCAAACUGGGAUCUGACUUCGUUUUCCUUCAUUUUCCCUGGCUAAGGAGAUGGGAGAGAAGAACGAUUACUGUGUCCAGUUUUGGGCCCCUCACUGCAAGGAAGAUAUUGAGGGCCUGGAACGUGUUCAAAGGAGGGCAAUGAAAUGGUGAGGGGUCUGGAGCACAGGGCUGGUGAGGAGAGGCUGAAGGAGCUGGGAAUGUUCAGCCUGGAGAAGAGGAGCUCAGGGCAGAGCUCACUGCUCUCUAUGGCUGCUGAAGGCAGGCUGCAGGGAGCUGGGGGUCGGCCUCUGCUCUCGUGCCAUCAGUGAUGGGAGCAGAGGGAACGGCUUCAAGCUGCGGCAGGGGAGAUUCAGGCUGGACAUGAGGAAGAAUGAGGUGUCAGAAAGGUGGGCAGCACUGCAAUGGAUGCCCAGGGAGGUGGGGGAGGCACCGAGCCUGGGGGUGUUGAAGGAAAGGCUGGAUGCUGUGCUGAGGGCCGUGGUUCAG